UCCUGAUCUGAUCCGGCCUCCCACUUCCUUGUUGGCUCCAGCGCCCCUGCUGGGCAGCAUGGAGCCUGGCGCAGGCCGGCUGCCUGUCCACGUCCUGGGCGAGACUGAGGCCCUGCAGCAGUUCUUUAGUGGUCAGGAUGUUGCCGUGGAUACAAGCAUCCUGGAACAGUACCUCAGCAACGACAUGUGUCCCAACAGCUUCGUUCUGCCAGAGUCUCCUCCUGAGUCUGAGGCCUGUUCGCCCGCACAGAUCCCAGAUAUGAGCUACGAGCCCUCCUAUUGGUCCAGCCACACACAACAGCAGCCUACCGACACCUACUCCUGCCGCUUUAAGCAUCAAGGCUCCGCCCACGGCCAUCCUGUGCUGACCCACAAUCAGCUCAGGACUUUAGGUGUCACUAACACUUACGUCACGACUGGACCCGCCCCCACCCCCAUGGACCAGCAUACACCCUGCCCACCUGAAGACAUGCCAUACCUGAAUCUAGGCAGCUGCUCCAGGGUUUGUGCCCCGCCCACUCUUCCCUCUCCGCCUCGACCAUCUUCCCACUGCUACACGCCUCCGUGCACAGAUCCAGGUCUGGACACAGGUUUACUCCCGCACCCUACAGCGUGUCUCUUAGGCUCCGCCUCCACAGCGCACACUAGCUCCUCCAUGGAGCCAGACUCGAAGAAGAGGAGGAGAUCUGGCUCUGAGGAGAUGUUAGCAGGAAACGAUGCAUCCUGCAGUGAUGUUGACUGGACUCAUGGUGGAGGUCUGGGCUGCAGCGGCACAAUGAAUCUGUUGACUUGGGAACCGUACAGGCCGGCGGAGUGGAGCCUUCUGUAUGACAGCAGCUACCAGAUGUUGUCUCCUCCUGACUACCACGUGGACACGGACAAAGGCUUCAACUACUCUGCAGCUGAUGAUGCCUUCGUUUGCCAGAAGAAGAACCACUUCCAGGUCACUGUUCACAUUGGCGUUGCCGGUGAGCCGCGAUACAUCAGGACGCCGGGCGGCCCUCAGGAGCUGGAUCACUUCCUGAUCAAGGUGUUUGGUUUUAAGUUGGAGGAUGCGAGUCACCAGGUGACCCUUGAGCAGUCGCAGCCCGACCGCAGCAAGAAGCCGUUCCACUCAGUCAGGGUCAGCCUACCUGGUGGAAAGAUCACCAAAGUAACGCUCGGCCGACUGCACUUCAGUGAGGUGACCAACAACAACAUGAGAAAGAAAGGCAAGCCCAACCCCGACCAAAGGUAUUUCCAGAUGGUGGUCGGACUGUAUGCUGCCGUGAGGGAUGAGACUUUCCUCCUAACAGCGUUGGUGUCUGAGAGAAUCAUCGUCAGGGCAUCCAACCCUGGCCAGUUUGAGCUGGACGGGGACACCUUGUGGCAACGUGGAGUGAUGCAGGACACCCUGGUAUGUCAGGGGCGGGUGGGCAUUAACACAGACAACCCUGACGAGGCGCUGGUCGUCUGCGGCAACGCCAAAGUGAUGGGCGCCGUCAUUCAACCAUCUGACCGUCGUGCAAAACAGAACAUACAAGAGGUGGACUCAGAGCAACAGCUGAAGAGAAUCACUCAAAUGAGACUCGUCGAGUUUGACUAUAAACCAGAGUUUGCUACAACCAUGGGGAUAAACCACACCCACCAGACAGGUAUCAUCGCUCAGGAGGUGAAGGAGCUGCUGCCGUCAGCGGUGAAGGAAGUCGGUGACGUCACCUGUUCUGACGGUGAGAAGAUUCCCAACUUCCUCAUGGUGGACAAGGAGCAGAUCUUCAUGGAGAACGUUGGCGCGGUGCAACAACUGUCAAAGCUCACAGACAACCUGGAGACCCGCAUCCAGGAGCUGGAGGUCUUAAACAGCCGGCUGGCCAAACUGAAGAGCCUGACGGGAAGUCUGCGCUCCACUGGAAAAGUGAAGAAGUGCAGCAGCGCGUCAACGUCGCAGACUUCAGAGACCAAAAAGACCGCGAAGGUCCAACAGGACAGCUGGACUCAGCGGAACAGCCGCUGCUCGAAGCACAAAGUCUUCCGGGCCAGCGUCUUCACCCUGCUGGCCACCAUGGCUGUUUGCGUGAUCUUCAUCACCGCUCUGUACCUGCUGACGCUAAAGGAGGAAAAUGUCGACUUUUCUGGACACAGUAACGGCAGCGUGUUUCCUGUGCAGACGACGGCGGGAACCAGCACAGUUCCACCCACUGGCUCUCUUGACCCACCGGACUCCACACCCCCAGAUGUGGACUUCUGUCAGCUUCUGUACUGUCAGCAGAAGUACUGCUGUCCUUCAUCAGCAGGAAGAAAUGGCAGUUAUAACAAUACCUCGAGCGAGUCCAGCAGAGCGGAAGAUCCUGAUCCUGAUCCUGAUCUGAUAGACGAACACAACCAGAAACUGUGCGACAAGCUGAAAAACGCUGGAGACUGGACGAACACAACCAUUCAUUCAUUCGUGAUCAAAGAGAACCAGCACCUGAUCGACAGCAGAUAUUGUCUCAGAGACGACUGUGGACCCGGCAGAUACGUCUACAGAGUUCCCAUCAGCCAGUUUGUCCCGGUCAACAUGAGAGUCACCCUGACCAUGAAUUCGACAGAGCUGCUGGUGGUCUAUCUGUGUGGUCUGGAUGAGUCCGCGGAAUGUUCUGCUCUUCUCGAUAUCAACACAGUCACUGGAACCAGAUACCCGUCCAACACACAGGGAGAACACGAGUGGCCUCUCCACGUGGCUCAUCUCUAUCACAGUUCUUAUCACUUCCGCUCCACAGUGGCUGGUCAAGCAGAUUGCAGUACUGACUAUCGCUACGCAGGGGCGCUCUUCACUGAUUACUACUUUUACUUCUUCAGACGCUGCACUGACUGAAAAAAGUAAAAUCUGACAAAACUUGAGUCAAACUUCAUUCUAUAAUUGUUAUUAUAGUUUAUUAUUUCUUGUUUCUUUGAGGAGAUGAGUAUAGAAAAGACAACUCUGUGAAUGAGCUUGUAACUUUUUACAGAAAUCACAUCAACACUGAAAACAUCGGAGAUGGAAUUUAUUGCUGUACAGAAGUCAGUUAAUGAAAGUAUCUUUUUAAAUUAUACAUUAACUGAAUUGAAGGAUUAAAUUUUUUGCAGUUCUUCAUUUUGUAAAGUUUGUUUUUCUGUAAAUAGUGACCUCAUUCUUAUUUGAUGUUAAUUGUGUGAAAAAUCUAAAAUACUUACUAUAUACAGGAUUUAUAAAAGCAUAGUCCUAGUUGUAAUCUCAGAAUUUGUAAUGCAUCAAAAUUCUUCAUUUUUAAAUUCAGUGUUGAGCAUAAACAUUCUGAGUAAAAGGCGUUUUGACAGCAAACUUUCUGAGUGAAUUUUGUACCAAUUGCCGCAAAUUACGUCAGUGAA